AUGAAAACUAACUUUGGAAGUUUGGGCCCUGUGGAGGGAAGUCAGCCUGUUAGAAGCUUACCAGUGGUUGCAAAACACUGUUCUGUGUCUUCUUUCCUCAGCCUUUGGCCACCUGUGGAAGAUCCUGACCGGGCCCAACCAAAAAAGCAAAAAUCAGAUUACGCCAUCUCUGAGCAUAAAGAGAAAGUUGAAGAAGUUCCUGCUGCGGUGAAGUUGCCAGCCAAGGCAACAAGUGAAUGCCAGAAGGCUUCAGUCAGCAAUGCCGCUCCAGUCACAGAGUCUGCAGGAGAGACUCGGUCCACUUCUUCUGACCCUUCAUCUAACAGACCAACAGGUUCUGCGCUAGAAAUAGAAAUGCUACAAAUUGAUAAAAUGCCUUGUGGAACCAGUACUUGCUUGAAUAAGGAAACACUAUCCCUUUCUCACAAGACAAUUCCAUGUCUGAGCACAACCAUGAAUGGCAAACACCACAUCAGACCUGUUCCAGACAGCAUCUUAACACUGAGGCCACCCAUUAAGGAACGCACUGUGCCAGAAUCCACAACUUCAGAAGUCAGCAAAAUGGGGAGGCUUUUUUGUACUGCUGAAGAGGAUGUUCAGCGAGGAGAAAAGGAGAAAUACAAACAGCUCUUGGAAUUAGUAAAGGAAAAAUAUCCUAGAAGCCGCCCUAAUCCACAGCCGACAAGCUUCCACAAUGUUCAAGCCUACUCCAAGGAACCAGUGAUGACUGUGAGUCACCUGGAAGAACAAAAAUAUGGAGGAGAUGUCUAUCCAUGUAUGACACUAAGGACCAGUAUCAAAUGUGCAGAUGUUUGCAGCCCACAGUGGUCUCAGAGAAGUGAUAUGAUCAGGUACUACACACCAGCAGAAAACUCUCAUGGACAGGGAAGACCAGUGAAACAAGCCAUUGCAGGGAGACAGUAUGGAGCUGAAAUCUCAGAAGAGGUGUUAUUCCAAUUACAUCUGGCACCUGUUCUGUCCAGAAAGUCAUCUGCCCUUGAUGUGGAAGAAAAGAAAUUCCCAAGCUCAGAAAAAACAGUAGAACACUUUUCUCCGCUCACAGAGGCUAUGGAGAGAGAGGUCAUUGCAGCAUUUGGGAAAGGUGAGCCAGAUGAGAUCAUGAGCAGUGCCUUCAAACUAAAGGUCACUCGUGAGGACAUCCACACGCUAAGGAACCUUUGCUGGCUGAAUGAUGAGGUCAUUAAUUUCUACAUGAGUCUUCUGAUGGAAAGAAAUAAGAAGGAAGGAUAUCCAACAGUCCAUGCUUUUAGUACUUUCUUUUAUCCCAAACUAAUUUCUGGGGGGUACAAAGCAGUAAGAAGAUGGACCAGAGGUGUGGAUCUCUUCAAGCAGGACCUCAUCUUAGUGCCCAUUCACUUGAGAGUGCACUGGGCACUAGUGGUCAUAGAUGUCAGAAAGAUGACCAUCAAAUACUUUGACUCAAUGGGACAAAAAGGGGACAAGAUUUGUGAAACUUUGUUCCGAUAUCUGCAAGAAGAAAGCCGGGAAAAAAGAAAUCUGGAGUUGACUUAUUCGGAGUGGACUCUUCACAGCAUGGAGUCACAUGAAAUCCCUCAGCAAUUGAAUGGAAGUGACUGCGGGGUUUUUAUGUGCAAAUACGCAGACUAUAUCUCCAGAGACAAACCAAUAACCUUUACACAGAAUCACAUGCCUUACUUCCGCAAGAAGAUGGUGUGGGAAAUAAUCCAUCAGCAGCUGCUGUGA